AUGGGAGUAUACGAGUUCACUGCAUUGAUGAUUACGGCGGAGAGCCCGGGAGUGCUGAGGCACCUGCCUCAGCUUUGCUGGAUAUUCGUCUUCGUGGCGUUCAAGAAGGACGCGCUGCGCUUGAAGGCUGCAAAUGGGUCCAAAGUGUUUUGCCCCGACGAGCCAGCGAAUGCCUCCCGCUCGGUGAUUCCGGACCACCGCGACCGCCGGCUGCCGUUAGAAAGUGGGCCCCGGGCCGUCCCCCCGCACCCCCGAGACUGA